AUGGGUAUAUGCAGUUCGAGCGAGUCGGCUCAAGUGGCGACGGCGAAGCUGAUCUUGCAAGAUGGGAGGAUGAUGGAGUUUUCGAAUCCCGUUAAAGUCGGAUACGUUUUGCAGAAGAACCCCAUGUGUUUCAUCUGUAACUCAGACGAUAUGGACUUCGACGACGCAGUUUCCGCCAUUAGCGCCGACGAAGAGCUUCAGCUCGGUCAGAUAUACUUCGCUCUUCCUCUUUCUUGGCUUCGUCAGCCAAUAAAAGCGGAGGAGAUGGCUGCAUUGGCCGUUAAAGCUAGCUCUGCGCUCAUGCGAAGCGGUGGCGGUGGAGGAAGCAGUCGCCGGAAAAGCGUAGAUCCUAUUGUCGUUGAUAAGUUACGAAUGAGAGUUGGCUCCGGUGAUGAUACGGUUGGCUCCAGCGGUGGGAGGAGGAAAGGGAGAAACAGUGACGGUGGUGGUGGUAGUAGUAGUAGUAGCCGGAGGAGGAAAUGUUACGCGGCGGAGUUGAGUAUAAUAGAGGAGUGA